AACUUUUCGAAUUUGGACUGCCUUCAAGUAUGAAGGCUUCGCCGCUUUCCUUUUUUUUCUGUCAUGAUUUUGAUUUCUGUUUUCAGUGUACAUAUUGUGUCAAUGUUUAGUGAAUAAAGUGAAUUUUACAUGUUUUUUUCGUAAAAUAAACAAUAGAUUCAUAUAAAAUUAACAUAAAAAUAAGUCAGUUAAUCUUUUAGGAGUAAUAUCAUGCUAUAGAAAAAAAAAUGGAAGUCACACCAGUGGUAACUGUGAAAUGCGAGCCGGUGGAUGUACUCGAGCAAGGCGAUAUGGACCAGCUGCAGAACCAAAGCGAGCCGGCUCCAGGACACAAUGCCGUCAACUAUCCACAAUACUCCCAACAAAUAAUAAACAAUAUGGCAUAUUAUUUUACGGCUAAUUCAUUGAACACUGAAAUUAAAUUGGAAACUGACGUGAAACAUGAGCCCGAAGAGUCCGAAGAUGCUGAUGAAUCUAAGAAAAAGAUCAAAAAGGAAGAUAGAGUGAAAUGUCCGUUAUGCCCUAAGACGUUCAAAAAUCAGGCCAACAUGAAAAGUCACGUGACGCAUUUGCACACCGAGAACGCCGUGGAGUGUCCGCAGUGCAAUAGGAACUUUAAAUCCUAUGCUCACUUGAAAUCGCACGUCGAUAGCGUCCACGUGGCCGAGGGCGAAGCGAAAGCCUGCGACUUGUGCGGUAAAGAAUUCGCCAAUAAAAAGAAACUGAGCAACCAUAAGUUCUAUGCUCACUCCAAGCCCGAAGAAAGGGUGACUUGCCCAAUUUGCAAUAAAUCAUUUGCUAAAAAGUACAAACUAAGAGUGCACAACCGUAAUGUACACAAUCCCGGCGAAGCAGCGAAAUGCCCUCAAUGCGAUAAAGAAUAUAAAAGCAAGAUGCUGCUCCGAAGGCACAUGCUGUGGAGCCAUCCCGAAGAGGGAAAAACAUAUGUGUGCGAGGACUGCGGGAAGGAGUUUCCUACUUUCCCCGUGUACAAGAAGCAUACCUGGAACGUACACGGCGCCAGUCGCGAGAUGACCUGCGAAAUAUGCCAUAGGACGUUGGCAUCGAAGAAAUCGUGGCUCCGUCAUAUGCGAUGCGUGCACAAGGACGGCAGACCUGCCGCUAAGCAGAUGAAGGUCGGUACCUUACCGUGCAUGAUAUGCGACAGAAAGUUCACAACGAACACAGCGCUUUAUUGGCACUUGGAGCAAACGCAUUCUGAAGUACAACAAAACUCGAAAACCUGCCCCAUUUGUUCUAAAAAGUUCACGGAAUACUAUGUGAUGAGGAGGCAUCUGGAAAUGGUGCAUCCCAUCGAAACUGCGACCUGUGAGAUCUGCAAUAAGACCUUUAAAUCUGCCGCCAACCUGGAGAGCCACAUGCGAGUGACCCACGCCCCGCCAGAAGCGGCCAAGCAGUGCGACAUGUGCCAGAAGAUAUUUAAAUGCUCAAUGCACUUGCGCAUUCACAUGAACACCGUCCAUCCAAAGGACGGUAAAGCAACUUGUGACAUAUGCAACCGGGAGUUUGCGUCGAAACGAUAUCUAGCCUCGCACAAGCAAAUACACGUUAAAGUCAGACAGUUUCACUGUGUGAUCUGCGGCAAGUCCUUUAAAAGGCAGGUGGAUCUGAGCAAGCACACGAGGAAAGUUCACAAUAAGAAAAAACCUAAAACUGAAGAGGUGCCAGUAUCUAAGUGUCUGAAGUGCGGUACAUGUUUUACUAAUGAUCAGGAGUUGCAUGAGCAUAUAGUGUCAUGUGAGAAUACCGGGGUCAAUCUGUCCAUAGUGAAGAUCGAAGUUGAGGAGUUGGAUGAAGGGCAAGAGGUUUGCAUGUGACAGAAGACGAGACAAACUUAAACUGCUGAUGGCACUUCAAGCCUGAAGAUUGAGAUUGUCCCAUUAAAACUAUUGUAUUAGAAACAACUCCACUGCUGAAGAUACCUGUUGAAAACAGCUUGCAUUCUGUGAUCUUACUCGAGCCUCAUAAAUGUGCUACAUACAAAAGUUAAUGAACUUUUAGAGUGUAUUGUAAAAUAAUUAUAUUCUUGAUAUUGAUGUCAAAGCUGAGCCCGCUAUCAUGUGGGAUGAAUAGUUAGGAAGAAUGAAGGUGAAGAGGUAAGGUUUUAGAAGUUAAGAGAGUUCCACUGCAGUUCCCUUUGCACACUUAAUGAUUUUUCAUGUGUGACUCGCGGAUAUGAAUUUUAGUUGAUUAUGAAGUGAGUUCAUAUUGGCUUGGAAUGACUAGUGUGAGAAUCAGUUGUACUUACAUGUUGUUUGCUGCCAGUCCAAUAGGAACACAAAUAUAUAUAUUGAUGGGUGAAAGACCAUUUUGUUUAAGUGACAUUAAUCUUUGUAAUUAAAGGUUCGUUUUAUUUGAUACUAGCGACCCGCCCUUGCUUCGCUUCGGAAACAUUAAAUUUUAUUAUUGAUAGGCGAGUCCCGCCAGGUUGCGCGCGGUACGACAAUAACUGCGGGUGACGCCGCGGGACGAAGCUGGUCUAAAAAAGGUAGCCUAAGUUACGUCUUAUAUCACCAGAGCUACCUAUUAGUGAAAGUCUCAUCAAAAUCGGUCCAGCCGUUCCAGAGAUUAGCCGGAACCAACAGACAGACAAAAAUUGUAAAAAAAAUAUUUUUGUGUAUGUACCGUAUAUAUAUUCAUAUGCGUGUAGUAAAAAGCGGUUAUUUCAAUACUACAAACAGACACUCUAAUUUUAUUUAUAUGUAUAGAUUAGUAUCAACAGUUCAAUGUUUUUAAUUGAAUUUUCAAUUAUGUUUACUCCCUUAAAAGUAGCUAAAGAGAUUUUUUUCUGUUAUGAUAAUUGUUUUCCUAAUUUUAAACUUUAGAUGGCUCUCUUGUAAAAUUGUAAAAAUGUUGCUUAAAUCAAAUGGCCUUUCAACCCUCCAUAUAUUUACUACUACUUUAUAAGCUCGCGUAUACUCUACUCAUGUGAGUAUUGAAUAGUGUCUCAUGUAGCUAUUUUUGUGGUGUUUAAUAGGCACUUUGUGAGUAUAUAGUCUUAUGAAGUCGUCGUGGCCUAAAGGAUAAGACGUCCGGUGCAUUCGUUGUUGCGAUGCAUCGGUGUUCGAAUCCCGCAGGCGGGUACCAAUUUUUCUAAUGAAAUACGUACUCAACAAAUGUUCACGAUUGACUUCCACGGUGAAGGAUUAACAUCAUUUAAUAAAAAUCAAACCCACAAAAUAAUAAUUUGCGUAAUUACUGGCGGUAAGACGUCUUGUGAGUUGGCACGGGUAGGUACCACCAUCCUGCCUAUUUCUGCGGUGAAGCAGUAGUGCGUUUCGGUUUGAAGGGGCGGGGCAGCCGUUGUACUGUAAAAACUGGGAACUUAGAACUCAUAUCUCAAGGCAGUUGGGGCGGCAUUUACGUUGUAGAUGUCUAUGGGCUCCAGUAACCACUUAACACCAGGUGGGCCGUGAGCUCGUCCACCCAUCUAGGCAACAAAAAGAGAUAUGUUGAUAAUUAUAUAGUCAAAGUCACACAAUGUUUGUUGUAUCAGUUUUAAGGAUAUUGGAUUAUUUUUGUUUUGAACAAAUCACAGAGCUGACGUGUGGAACUCACACCACAGUGUGCUAAAAAUACUCUUCUUUUUGUUAUUGCUUAGUUGGUUCGACUUGCUCACGGCCCGCCUGGUUUUUUUUUAAUGCUUAGAUGGGUAGACGAGCUCACAGCCCACCUGGUGUUAAGUGGUUACUGGAGCCCAUAGACUUCUACAGCGUAGACGCGCCACCCACCUUGAGAUACAAGUUCUAAGGUCUCAAGUAUAGUUACAACGACUGCCCCAAGCUUCAAACCGAAACGCAUUACUGCUUCAUGGAGGAAAUAGGCGGGGUGGUGGUACCUAUCCAUGUGGUCUCACAGGUCCUACCACCAGUAAGAAAGAAAUGUUACUAAAUACACAGCGAAAUAAUUUUGAUUGGUUAUUUAUAAUUGUUACUUAUUACUAACGCUGUGCGCGCGUGCGCUAAGGCUUAUUAACAAACUCAACAAGCAAAUAGUCGGUAUUCCGACGCUCCGCACUUUAUACGUGUUAGUCGAUCUAUCGACAGUUCGCGCUCUAAGGGUCAAUGCACUUUGAUAGCAUUGAUUAUAAUUGAGUCGUCUAUUAUCAAAGGUGGCAAUCUGUACAUUUGGACAAAAAAAAAUUAUUGAUAUGUCAAUACAGAUUGAUUUGAAUAUAAUCGUCUCCUUCAAAGAAUACGGUUCAAAACCUGCAUUAAAUAAAGGUUAAUAGUUAACCUGUUAUUUAUCUAAGAUGUCGUUCUGAAGAGUUUUGUGACUGCCAAUGGAAUACAAAGUCAAUAAUUCGUUUUUCUGAUUUACCAAUCAUUGUCCAAAAGUCAGAUUGCCGGCUUUGAUAAUAGUCGACUCAAUUAUUCUCUUUUUAUUUUGCUUAAAUUGAUCAAAUCAAAUCAAAAAAAUUUUAUUCAGCAUAAAUGAAAGUACAUACUUGUUGAACGUCAAAAAGAACUACCGCCAAUUCACAAGAACUAGCCUCCGUCCUGAGAAAAACUGUUUUCUUUUUAUAUUGUUGAAACUGACUGUUAUCAUUACGCAUUGUAUAUGUCUAUUGACUUGAGUUGAGUUGGGCUUGAUCGCAAACCCUGCAACUCCUGGAUCCUUGCUGAACCUUACUCACGGAUGCUACUUGCCACAAAACCUCGAUUUUCAUUGUCUGACUGUGUGUUAGGACCGCUUUUUCCCGACAUAAGACUCCCAUUGUCACUCCAAAUGUAUGAUAUGAAAUGUCCAAAUAUUUUUUAAGGUUAGAAGAAUGAUAGAGCGAGUGAAAAUAUUUUGGGAGAAAAUAAAAGUGGAAUUCUAAGUAAAUGUUGUUAUUAGGUAUACCAAUUUUGGGAUGUAAGGGAAACGUGUUCUCAAUAAUGAAGACAUGCGACAGAGUCCUGAGAUAAAACAUUGCAGUGCCAUAGAUCAGGGCUGAGCAACCUUUUUAAUCAAUGGGCCAAUUUAAAUUUUUUUUGGCGCACAUUUAUUAACUUUUAUUAAUAAUUUACGAAACUUUAUUUCUUUAUUAAAAACAAACAAAAAAAGGACAGAAAAACGAAUUGAUGGAGAAAUGUCGAUAAAAUAAAUCCAAUUUUAGAAAUUUUUGGCGGGACGCGUGUUGCUCAUCCUUGCCAUAGAUAAUGUUCUAGAAAUAACAGUAUUUUUGCAUGGCACGUAAUGUGAGCAGAGUUGAAUGGCAGGUCCUGUGCCCAGCAACCUGCGGCCAGACUACUCCGGGACUUGUGUACAUGUCGACUUCACUUGAUUAUUUGUAGUUAGUAAAUAAAUAUCAGUUUUAAUUUUAAGGUUAAUUCGUUUUAUUUGACGCCGUAGGUACGUGAUUAUAAUAAUAUGUCGAGGAGUGAAUGGCUAUUUCAUUUAAGUGAUAUUUUUGCGCCUUUAGAACAGAGAUAUUUAAAGGUUUAAAAUUUGGAAAAACGCGCGUGACACUCGGGGACUGCCGCGACAAAGCUAUUGCAUAGCAUUUUUUAUCAACUUAUGCAAUUAUAAUUAGACAAUAAUAAUUUCAUAUUAAAACAAUAAUAAAAUAAGACCAUGCUAUAUUUAUAAACAUAAACUUUCCCCUUCACACUCAUAAACUAGACCGCGCGAGAGAGAGACGGGCAGACUUCAUGAUGCGCAUGCAGUGCGCAGACGUCACGCCGCGCGCUUAUUCACAAACACUACACAAGCGCAACGUGUGAAUGUGUUGAACGCGAGCUACAUGGCAGGCGGAGUGGUGGGUGUUAGAUUUUAUUUUCGUUACGGAAAUUCUUGAUUGAUGUAAUAUCGUAAAAAAAACUUCUUUAGUUCUUUGAAUGGGGUAAAUUAAAUUGAAGUUCAAUUAAAAACGUCGAACUGUUGAUGGUAAUACCAAAUAAAACGCACCUUCCAUCGAAAUGUUGCUUAAAUAAAAUAGCAUUUCCCUCCUCGAUAUGAAGUUUAAUGGAUGCCUUUGAUUUUAUUUGUAAACUCAUUUAACAAUGUAAAUAAAAAUUUGGGUUGAAUGAAUUGUCGCCGUUGCAGAAACGGGCUGAGAGGUUUAUAAUUAAACGAAUAAGUAAGAGGUAUUUACUUUUGUUUAUGGAGGGUAGAUGUGAGGAGCGCCAUCUUGUAUAGGGGCAUAGGGGACAAGUUGAAGUCCACCUGUUAACAGCGAGUUGUUAUUGGAAGAUUAAUUAAAAUAGCGCUAGUGGGAAUGAUGUGAAUAUAGCAGCUUUGAAUAGUGUAAAGUGUGCCGGGUUGAAAAACUUAAUAUUAUUCGUCAUUUGUGUAACUAAAAAAUUGUUGUAUUUAAAAUCUCAACUAUUUAUUUGUAUCACUUCAUGUAAAAAGUGUUUCUUACAGUUUUAAUUUAGUGCCCUGCUCUAAUAGAUAAUCGCGCUGCUUUCAAAUUCCUUCCACUUGCUACUGUGGCGCCACUUUAAUUGACUCCCUUUGAGCGGACACUUUAGUACACUGAUACUCCUUACUUCUACCUCCCAUAAAUCAAACGAUUAACUAAGAGAGAUAAUUGUUUACUUUAAGUUAAUUUGGCUUUUGUUGUCUUUUUUGACACCGGUCAAUUAAAAGUCAAAUUUCUCGGGACUUUUUUUUUGACCGUUUUUUUUUGCCAAAAUGGACUAAGAAAUGUGAGGUGUGCUGCCUGAACUGUAAAAAAAUGAAAUUAGUUAAUAUUUUAAUGUUAAGCACCUACAUCUUGUAAUGUAAUGGUUUAUUAAAUUUGUUUCAUUAAGGUUA